GUACUGAUCAGCGGACAUACCCAUGACUGCUCAACCGCCCGCCAUAUUUGAACGAAUCGAAAGCAUUCUUUUGCAAAGUUUCUUCAAAGCUUCAUGAAUUUCUUCUGAUGCGGGAAAAUUAGACAGUGCAUAAGAUGACUUCAAGUUUAGAAGAUCCGACGCUUGAGCGUCAUUUCAAAGGGCACAGAGACACUGUCACAAGCGUGGAUUUCAAUCCCAACAUGAAACAGCUGGUCACUGGCUCUAUGGAUUCUAGUUUGAUGAUUUGGCAUUUCAAGCCGCAUAUGAGAGCGUACAGAUUUGUUGGACAUAAAGAUGCUAUACUGUCUGUAAAGUUCUCUCCGUCAGGUCACUUGAUUGCUUCAGCAUCCAGGGACAAGACAGUCAGACUCUGGGUCCCCAGUGUGAAAGGUGAGAGUACAGUUUUUAAGGCACACACUGCAACUGUACGAAGCGUGGACUUUUCAGGCGAUGGCCAGUCACUGUUAACAGCAUCUGAUGAUAAAUCAUUAAAGGUCUGGACAGUUCAUCGCCAAAAGUUUUUGUAUUCAUUGAAUGCACAUAUGAACUGGGUGAGAUGUGCAAAGUUCUCCCCAGAUGAGCGUCUGAUUGUCUCUGGUAGUGACGACAAAACAAUCAAACUGUGGGAUCGCACAAGUAAAGAUUGUGUCCAUACCUUCUAUGACCCUGGAGGGUUUGUAAAUUCUGUGGAGUUUCACCCGAGUGGGACCUGCAUAGCUGCCGGGGGGACAGACAGUACAGUCAAGGUUUGGGAUAUCAGAAUGAAUAAACUUCUUCAGCAUUACCAAGCUCAUACUGGUGCAGUCAACUCAGUGUCUUUUCACCCAUCUGGUAACUACCUCGUGUCUGCAUCAAGCGAUACAACCCUCAAGAUUCUUGAUCUAAUGGAAGGAAGAUUAUUCUACACUCUACAUGGACACCAGGGACCAGCAACAUCUGUUGUGUUCUCAAGAAAUGGAGAAUACUUUGCAUCUGGUAGCUCAGAUGAGCAGGUGAUGGUUUGGAAAACAAACUUUGACAAAGUUGAUUAUCAGGAAGUUUUGCGAACACAUAGGAAAAGAGCGGCGCCAGUAUCACCUUCGCAUACUCACGAUCCUCCACCACAAUCCCCUUCAAAGCCAAGGGAACCAGGCCAGAUAAAUGCUAGUGCUCAUCCUAGAAACAUGGGAGUUGGUGACCCUGAAGUUGUAGAAGUUGGACCUGCUAUGUUCUCAAUACCCCAGCAACAGAGCAAACUUGAUGACUACACAGCUCAUCCAAACCGCCUCAGCCUAGGGGGCGUGGUCAACGAUCCCCCGCAGACCACCCCUCUAGAACGGCGUGAUAUCCCUCCGCAACUUGCUAACACCCUGGAACACAUUGUUGGACAGCUAGAUGUUCUCACUCAGACAGUGUCAAUAUUAGAGCAACGGCUCACUAUGACGGAAGACAAGCUCAGAGAGUGUCUGGACAACCAGCAGAAAAUUACUUUGCAGAUAAGGCCCAAUGAGUAGAGUGUAGUGAGGGAUGAAAAUAGGUUGUAAUUUCCACUAGCUCUGUACAAAAUUCUCUUAAUAACUGUAUUUGGAAGUUUGUUUUCAAAAUUUCUAAAAAAAUCCUGUAAAAUGCUAGUCCCCCUCCCAUGGAGAUUGACUUAUCACACUCUGUGAUGCUCUAGCUGGCUCAAGUGUUGCAUAACGUGACAAGUCCAGCACGGCUAAAUGCAAAAAUUCCAAGUGUGAGCCAGCUAAGCUUGUAAAAUUGGCAAUGGGCAGACAACACCUAAGCAUACUACUUGAAAUUCAUUUAUAUGAGACUCUCUUUUGUAUUAUCACAGGACAACUCUUUAUACCCUAUUAUCACCCAAGUGUACAUAGGUGCCGAGUAAUGUGAACAGGCUAUGUGAAAAUGUAAAUAUGUACUGUCAAUAAAAAGAAAUCUUAUGCUGUAUUGUCUAAUA